AUGUUGUUGUUCAAGACAUGCCUCUACCUCUUAUUACUAUUAUGUUCCUCUUCGUUAGUGGUUUCACUACCACAAAACAAUCCUUACCUAACAUCAACAACACUCUUCCUUCAAAAUUAUCAUAAAAUGGUUCAAAAUUUCAAAGUCUUUAUGUAUCCACCAAACACAAACCAAUUCAAUUUCGGAACAGAAAUAGAAUCUCUCUUCUAUUCUUCACUUCUAAACAGUUCUUACCUUACCCAACACCCACAACAAGCGCACCUCUUCUUCUUCCCUUUCUCCUCUGAAAUCUCCACGCGCUCUCUAACGCGUCUCAUCUCACGCAUCCGCAACGAUUUUCCUUACUGGAACCGUUCUCUCGGCGCCGACCACUUUUACCUCUCCUGCGCUGGAAUUCCCAACAAAAACGACAGGAACAUCGUUGAGCUGAAGAAAAACGCGGUUCAGAUCUCGUGCUUUCCCACGCGCCGUCACAGGUUUGUCCCUCACAAAGAUCUCACGCUACCACCGAUCUCGAAUCUCCACGCGCCGGAUAAAUCGGGUGGUGGAGAUUUCUGUUUUGUUGACUACGGAAACGACAUGGGGGAAGCGAUGCGUUUAGGGUGCGUACCGGUUGUUGUGGUUACGGAGGGAGGUGUAAACGACAUGCCGUUUAUGGAUUUGCUGAGGUGGAAGGAGAUGGCUGUGUUUGUGAAAAGUGGUGUGAAGAAUGAUACUGACACGUGGAAGAAAAGAGAGGAAAAUAUGAAGAGAUUGGGUGUGGAAGGAAGUAAGCACUUGCAGUGGAAUCGACCUCCUCAGCCGUUGGAUGCAUUUAACACUAUAAUGUAUCAGUUGUGGCUUAGACGCCAUUCGGUUAGAUAUGAAAGCAUUCAAUCAAAUUGA